GUUUUUUUCCAUGUUGAAAUGUCAUGCGUUUGCCGCAGUUUUUAUACAAUUGGCAAAAGAAACUGCACAAAAUGUUUGAGAAAAGCAGUGAAAACAGUUUAACAUCCUCGGGCAGCAUUCAGGAAAUUGCGGGACGUCUAGCGGAGGAGCAGCAGCGUCUGCGUCAAUUGGAGGCCACCAGCUCACCCAAAGAGCGCACUUUGUUCGUGCUGGGUAGCAAGUGUGUGGGCAAGACGAUGGCCAUCAACAAGUUCUUUGACCGAGACGAACAAACAAUGCGCCCCACAUUGGCCUUGGAGUACAGUUAUGGACGCCGCAUCGGCAGCGGUAGAUCGGCUCAGGUGCUGAAUGUAUGGGAAUUGGGAUCCCUGGACAAUGCAGAGCAGUUGCUCGAGGUGCCGAUGCGAACACAUGGACUACAGCAACUUUCCGCCUUUAUCAUGGUGGACUUGUCGCAGCCCCAACGCGUGUGGACGGAUCUGGAAUGCGCCUAUCGCGGAUUGCGGGACACGGCGCAACGCAUGAUGCAGUCAGCGACGCCAGAACAACGCGAAUAUCUGGAACGUCGUGCCUUGGAACGGAUGAAACACGUCAAACAGGAUGUGAGCACUCUGGAACUACUUCCGUUUCCAUUGGUGAUUGUGGGUGGCAAGUACGACAUCUUUAUGGACUUUGAGCCAGCUCUGAAGAAGCACAUAUGUCGUUGUCUGCGUUCCAUGGCGCAUCUGGUGGGCGGAGCUGUAUUAUUUUACUCACAUAAGCUACCCAAGCUGGCCAAGGUGCUGCGAGAUACCAUCAGCCAUCUGGGCUUCGGUAGUCCAACGAACCCUUUUCGAGCCCAUAUCACCGACUACAACGAGGCGUUGUCCAUCUGGUUUGGCACAGACACUUGGUCACAGAUUGGCAUUGGCGAGUCCAGUUUGCCGAGUGUGGAACGCAUUGGAGCAACAUUGAGUGUGGAAGUACCGCAGCUACAGCUGGAGAAGCAGAAACAGCAAUUGCCUCAGAAUCCGGCCAAGGAUGUGGGUUUCAGUGAGUCGAUUAUUGAUGAGAUGCGCGCACAGAAGGAUGACGAACUGGCCGGGAUUAUGCGUGAUGUCUUGCUGCGGGGUAAAUUCGAAACUGUGCAGGGAUAAAACUUUGACAACUUAUACGAAAUAUAGUAUUAUAAUUUACUUUUGAAAAAUAACUAAUUUUUAACUUAAGUCAGCGCACAAUAUAAAGAACUAGUCAUUUGGUUUUGCAAAGUAUUUGCAAAACUCCAGGGUUAAAAGAUGGGUGAA